AUGGACGAGCGCAGCCAGGAAGACCAGGAGAGGGAUAUGCGCGAUAUGGUUCGCCGCACGGAGAAAAUGCCUAACAAAACAUCUGGACAGCGUAGGGACGCAUUGAAACGACUGAUUGACCUUGCACAUUCACCUUACCCAAAACUCAAGAUUCUUGCCGCCGCACAUCUCAAAAACUAUAUCAAGGACUUUCCAGAUCUUGAAGACGACGCGAUCAAUGCAGUAUACGACUUAUGCGAGGACCCUGUCACAAAUGUUAGAAUAAGUGGAUAUAGGGCGAUCGUCGACGUUUCCAUGGAGCAGCCCAAGUGGGUGAAGAGGAAUGCAGAUGUCUUGGUGCAGUUACUUCAAAGCGACGAACCGGAAGAAGUGUCUGUGGUUAAAAGGGCUCUCUGCCAACAUCUCGACUUGAACCCUGCUGUCACGCUUGGAGUGCUAUGCGACCAGAUUGUGCCAGCCGAUGAGUCCAUGGACGACGAAGAAGUUGCCAUCCGAAAUCGGCUUCGUUCAUUAGUGCUGUCUUUUAUUACCGGUGAGGCCAAGCGUGCCAUUAUCGAACGACAUACAAGUAUACCCGGAGGUGCAGCCGAGGAAGCGCUUGUAUCUGGAUUACUUCGAGGCAUUGCCAAGCUGACUCCCGUGGACGCUGAAAUCCUCGUGAAAGAUAUUCUAGUUUCUAUUCCCUCUUUCAAACCAGCAUCCGCACGGGGGAAGGAGCUAUUGGAAGCUAUCCUUGAUCGCGCCAAGGUUGCAUUAAAGGCCGAUCUACUUCCAGGAAGCGAACGGGUAUCGUUGCAACAGACGCGGUAUUAUCUGGAGCUUUCAUCGUACGUUGCGGUUGAGAAGCAUAUUGCUCAACCGUCACAGCUACUCCGCUUUUACUUCACAUCCAUGACUUCAAAGAUGAUUUUAAUGAGGUUGAACGAGGAAGCACAACUAUUUGUAAUAUCUCAUGUUGCCGACGUCCUCUCUGCUUAUGAGGAGAGGCCCCCGCAAGCAGCAGGCGCAUCGGAUGCAGACACAGCAAUGUUGAGAAGACAAAUUCCCGAUGUCUGUGUGUUGUUACUCCAGGUCUUCAGCGAAGCAAACUCCGCAGAGCGAAAACCAUGGAAAGCAUGUAUCGUCUUCUUGCGAGCGUGCGAACGAAACUCAGUACAAGUGGGGCGUGCCUUCCCAUCUAACGAGCAUCCUUCAAAGUAUCCAGUCACUCGCAACAUCUCAAACCAUUUGUGUCCAACGAUCUUCUCUUCUCUGUUUGAGCAGUCUCUUAUACCGUCUGCCUCCAAGCCGCAAACGCCGACGGCGUCGGUACCGACAGCAGGCACUACUGACGUUUCGCAAGGUGCUACCAGUAGCAGCAGCAACGCUCCAGCUAAAUUCGAGCGGCGAAUCAUGAACGUGAAGCGAAAGAACGAAGACCGGUCGGCAGCGGGUCUACCACCCAAGCCACAAACCAGCCUACCACCUUCUAUUCACGCCAAUGGAGGACCAAGAAAUAAGUUCCCCGAAGGAGAUCGCCAGCGGUCUUUUACACCACAAGCGCGUCAACGGGCAUCCACUGUUAUGGGCGAUGCUGAGAUGGCGCAAAAUAGCCGUCCGACAUCUCCAGAAGACCAGCCCCGCGCAGCGAAACGGGCGAAGAAAGGCGGCGGGUCUGAGACCAACGAUAUACCGUCUCUCCUCAGCCGUAUGGCAUCUACCUCAUCGAAUGGCCAUUCGGCGAUAGCAAGAGAACGAGAACGAACAAUAUCGGCACCUGGUAGAGGUCGGAUUCAAUCUGCAGCACAUGGUAUUGACCGUUCCAGGCCAAUAAACUCACAAGACGUGGACAAGGAUCCAGUGGGAGGGUACAGCAUAAAAGGCGCAGCUAAGGCGGCGGAACACGACUCUCCCCCGCGUUCUCAGUUGCCAAGUACAUCUCUGUUAGACAGGAUACAGAAGAAAGUUGCUGGUCGUGAGGCGGGUGAACAAAGGAAGAAGAACUGGACUAAGACGUAG